AUUUUUUUUAGGGUAGUUAGUUGUGAUUGUGAAUGAGAGAGUGUUGUUGGGUAACUGAAGAUGGGUUUCAGUGUUGUCUCAAACUCAAACUGUGUGUCGCAGAGGCAGAGGAGAUGGGAGAGAAUCCCAAGGAGCUUCUUUGAUUGGAACUUUGGCAGAGGCAAAGCUGAUGACAGACCACUGCCCAACUACCAUCCUGUUGAUCAUCUUCCCUUCCCACCUUCUCUUGUUUCCAAAACUUUCCUGAAGGGUAGGGAACUGAAAUGCUGCUACAAGGCCACCAUUGGUGGAUUUAGUGCUACCUCCUUCCACAACUGCUGUGACUUCAAGGGACCCUGUGUUAUAAUUGGCUACACAAACAAGUCAUUCAAGUUUGGAGCAUUCAACCCAGAAGGCUACAGAAGUACUGAUGAUUACUAUGACACUUUUGAUCCAUUUCUCUUCUAUUGGGAAGAAGAUAAUGAGAACAAAGAACCCAUUAUUCUCCCCAAAGUUGGGGGCAGUGGUGCAGCCCUUUUCGACUAUGCUCGCGGUGGCCCACAGUUUGGGGCUGAUGGGCUGCUCAUUGGACCACCACUGGCACCAGUCAUGGGUGGUUUUGCAGGGCCAGAUACUAAUUCAGGUAUUGGUGAUCUAAGGCAAGCUAAGUCUAGAUUAGGAUUGUCUUAUGCUAAAAGGCCAGAUGGGAAGGAGUCAUUGUUUGGUGAUGAGAACAGGGCUACCCUUGAAGAGGUGCAAGUGUUUUGCAGCCCUCAAAUUGCAAGCCUAUACUAGAUUGGUGUCCAAACAGUCACAAUCCUGGAAUUGUUUUCAAUUGAAGCAAGUGGGGAUAGAGCACAAUCUUUAGAGGACAGACCAAAAAGAAACAUAAAUAUUUAAAGGGAUUGUCUUAACUAUAUGUUGAUCCACACGCUCGGAGAAAGAAAAGGGACUGCUUACACAAAUAUUCGAUACCCCAUGGCCAAGGAGUAGGUGGUGCGGUGAAGUAGUAGGUGGGCGGGACAAUAAUGUAUUGCAGGGAAUAUCGGUUGGUGUUGCAGCAAAAGGGUUUUAUGCUCUAUAGCUUUUAAAAGCACCAUUUAAAGUUGCAUUAGUGUAGUUUCUUUUUGUUUUUUUGUUUUAUCAGUUUGGAAAGUUUGGUCAUGAGGAAUGUGCAUUCUUGGAUGCUUGAAGGUGACACUUCUUCAUGUCUUUGUCAAUGAGCUGCUUCACAUUUACCUUCUUAAUCCGACUAGCCAAGAAAGAAAAAAAAAAAGAAGAGAUUAUGAAAAGAAAAGAAAAGAAAAGAAGGGGGAGGGGGGGGGACUGACAAUAUAGCACUAAUUGUUCUGAUAUUUUUAAUUUAUUGUUCAUGUCUAAUACUGCCCGCUUUGAGUUAGACCUGCAUGGGUUUAAAACACGUUGAAGGUUUGCAGUUUGCACGAGAAUUUUAUGAUAUGCAAUUGAAAGUGCAGCUAUGGUUUCACUGUUUCAA